AUGCGGCGAGUUAUUCGGCAAGCGAGGAGCUUGGCAUCGGUAGCAGGGCAAGCAAAACUCAACCGGGCUUUAGUGACGGUGGCGGAGAGGGGGGACAGAGAAGCCGUCGGGCUAUAUCUUCAAGAAGGGGCAGAUAUUGAGGCCCGUUACUGGCCACAGCUCGGAGAAUUUAAUAAUGGAUCCGUUGUUGUUAAAGUUGAAAGGGGCAUUUAUAGGUGUGUUACACGCACAUCUAACGUGUGCAAUCUUGGGAAAUAUAUGUGCUGGGGUAGCCAAGUCCAUGGGACAGACCCUCACGACCUUUCUCGAACAGCCUUGCAGCCUGCUGCGGACGGAGGGCACACGAGGGUGGUGGAGUUGUUGUUGGAAGCUGGCGCGGAUGUGAAUGCACCACCAGCAAGAAUAUUUGGGAGGACCGCACUACAGUCUGCCGUGGAAGGAAGACAUGAAAUGACAGUACAGCUACUCUUGAGCGAAGGUGUUGACCCCAAUGGACCAGUCCCAUCGUAUGAAAGGACCGCAUUGCAGGCCGCCGUAGAAGAAGGACACAAAACGAUCCUGCAGUUGUUUGUAUACAAGGGUGCCGAUCUCGGUGGAGCUUUGAGAGAAGCUGUUGAAGGACAGAACGAGGACAGUUUGCAGUUACUCUUGGACGUUGGGGCCAAUAUCAACAUCAAAUAUCCAGACGGAGAUACGCUAUUGCAUAUUGCUGUCAAAUGUCGGUUCGAACGCAUAGUGGAGCUACUUCUGUUCUCCGCAUAUAACCAGCUGCAGCCCAAUACUGACGCCUCCCACGCAACUGGGCUUGGGAAUUAUCUACGCCUUGGCCCGACCUUGAAACCAAUUGAUCUCAUCGCCGCGAUAGACCAUCAACAGGGAAACAUUCUACAUGCAACAUGCUCGGAUUAUAAUGAAACUAUAUUCCUCAGGCAUGAGAGUCUACCGGCAGUGCAGCUAUUGGUUUCCAGGGAUAUCGAUAUAGAUACUCGUGACCUUGGGGAUCAGACUCCGUUACAGAUUGCAGUUGAUAAGGGACUCGUCGAUAUCACGCGUCUUCUGCUAAAGAAAGGUGCUACAACUGACCGUCUAACGGUGAAGCAUCUGCCAAUCUUGAUACACGCAUAUGAUGGCAGCAAUCCUAGUACUGGCCACGUUGUGUUGUGUCGAACUCCCGGGAAAGGAACCUCUGUUGAGUCUGUCUCUGAGCCAGACUCUAUCGUGUCCCUCCGGCGAAGGUUUCUUGAUACAAGGUCGUACUCAAUUCAUUUUGUGGCUCUAAGAGUAAAACGAGAACUCAACUCAGACUCUCAAAGCUCUAGGGGCGAAGUAUCAUUCGUAGACCCUCGAAGUUUAUUCAAUCAUAAACUCGUGCUGCGUCAUUAUACAUGCGAUUAUUCGAGGAUAACGUCUGUGUUCUGGCUCUGGUCAACCGUGGAUGACCAUGGCUCAUUAUCCAAUCACCAACCACAAUUUUCCGCAAUUCCCAACAAGGAUGUUCUAGCAUACAGUGGAGAAAGAGUAAUAUUCAUCGGUUAUGCAUACUUCUGCUGUCCAAUCCGAUGUAAAAACCACGUCUCGCAAUCGUUCACAUCCGGCGUGAAAGCAGUGGAGAUACCUUGGAUCAUGCUCGCCGCCGAUACCGCUUCGAGGACACAAGUUUGCUCUCUACGCACGGUGCAAUUCCGGGGCACUUUAAAUAUGAGAAACAUCUCAAUACCGCGACAUGCAGCCGAGUUUGUGACAUGGUUUUUUCAAGAUAUCUCUGAGAGGUGGAGAGUUAUUAUUGAAAGUGCAAUGUUGCACAUCACUGAAAUACGACAAGUUCAACUAAGUCAAGGGGGGAGAAACCCUUUUGUUAUACAAUCCUUACUCAAGGAUAGCCAGGAGUGGUCAAAACUCCGCAAGAACCACAAAGAGAAUCAUUUGAAAAUGAUAGAGCUUUUGGAAGCGUUCAAGGGAAAUUAUGCGCUCUAUUCCGAACUACUCCCCACUCCCGAUUCAUCCGAUGUGUGUCUUGGGCUCGAUACCGAAGUACCCAAGUCAUGCCAUAGCCCGGUAGUUGAGCCACGCACUCAAGAUAUAGAGGCGCUUCCUCCAAUCCGCCGGCUGUCAGAGCAGAUAAUGGAGUUUGAUGAGAUAUAUAAAGCCGCAUUAUCCGAGCUCGACCGGGAAUCGAAGGAGAUGAUUGAAUUGGAAUUUAACUUGAUUACGUUCAUAUUCCUACCACUGAUGUUCAUCACGAGUUUCUUUGGAAUGAAUGUGGAUAUUCUCGCCAAGGACCCAAGCUGGCACCUCUACUUUUUUGUGUCUAUACCAUUCUUGGCGAUCGUGAUUGCUGUUUGGGUAUUGUGCAAAUAUCUUCCUCUCUCAGAGUUCUUUGAAAGAGGCGUCGGUAACUACUUGAGUUGGGCCUUUGGAGAAGGAGAGAGACGGCCAAAACCCCUUGCGUUUGAAUCUCAGGUUGUGGAUAUAACUCCAGGAUACAAGUGUUAG